AAAUGUUUCCUCAUGCAUAAAAUUUGCCAAUCAAAAUUUUGUUUCAAUUUAAUUUGUUUUACUUUCUAUCAAGUUUUUCCAAUUUUCUCUAGAGGUUGAAUAAUGGCUCAAGGAACACUUGAAGUUGUUCUUGUCAAUGCCAAAGGUCUUGAAAAUGCCGAUUUUCUCAAUAAAAUGGAUCCUUACGUGAUCCUGAAUUACGGUGGCCAGAAACAUAAAAGUAAAAUUGCAUCAGGACAAGGAUCUGAGCCAGAAUGGAACGAAGCUUUUACGUUCGACGUGAAUUAUUCCGGGGGUGCUCAUCUUACCCUAAAAAUUGUGGACAGUGAUUUUGGUAAAGAAGAUGAUUGUGUUGGAGAAGCUACUAUACCACUAGAACCAGUAUUAUCUGAAGGGAAGGUUCCAAUAACAUCAUACAAUGUCGUUAAGGAUCAAGAGUUUUGUGGACAGAUCAAACUCGAACUCUCCUUUACCCACAAGGCUCACACUGAUCACCGCCACGACGUGGAAGCGCAAGAAGAAAGCUAUGGUGGAUGGGGAGAGUCUCAUCUGACUGGCCGGGAAAAGUAAUCUGCAUCAACUAACUGUAACAUAUUCUCAUCAUCUGUAACUUACUGUUGAAUACAAUUCACUACAACUUUUGUCCCUUCAAUUAGUUUGUCUGUAUAUCAGAUUGUUGUUGUGUAUCAGAUUUGGGAUACCAUUUGUUCUGUUGUUGCAUUUGCAGCUGCAAUAAAACUUUUGUUCCAUGAAA